AUGUAUUUUCUUGUAGUGGUAGGAAGUCCUUUUGUGAUCAGAGUUCAAAUUGCUUUGGCAUUGAAGGGAAUUGACUACAAAUUUAUUCCAGAAAGCAUAGCCAACAAAAGUGAACUUCUCUUCAAAUACAAUCCAGUUUAUAAAAAGAUUCCGGUUUUUGUUCACAAUGAGAAACCUAUAUCAGAAUCCCUUGUGAUUCUCGAGUACAUUGAUGAGACAUGGAAACAAAAUCCAAUCUUUCCUUCUGAUCCUUACCAAAGAGCUAUGGCGCGUUUUUGGUCCAAGUUCAUCGAUGAUAAGUGUGUGGCUGCGGCUUUGAAAUCUGUUUUUAUGGUUGAUGAGAAAGAACGCAAGAAGGCUAGUGAAGAAUUGUCGAACGGUUUACAGUUUCUUGAGAAUGAGUUGAAGGACAAGUUCUUUGGAGGAGAAGAGAUUGGCAUUGUGGAUAUUGCUGCUCUCUUCAUCCCUUUACUGCAAGAAGUGGCAGAGUUUCAGUUAUUUACCAAGGGGAAAUUUCCAAAGCUACACAAAUGGAGUAGAGAAUUUUCCAAUCAUCCAGUUGUCAAAGACACUAUGCCUUCAAAAGAACAACAAUUUGCAUAUUUCAAAGUUGUCACUGAAAUAUUUGCUGCUCUAUCAAAAUAGAUUGAUAACUUGUGAGGCAAGGAAAUUUGUGUAAGUGUUGGAAGUUAUUGUUGUUUGAGAUAUGCACUUUCUUAUCAAAAUUAAGAUUUCAAAUAGAAUAUCUAUAACUCCUCAUGUAUCAUAGCUCAUAAAUAAUGAUCCUGUAAUAUUGUUUUCACGUUAUAUGACGAAUGAAAUAAUAG